AUGAGUAUUACUACCCCUGAAAUUAUGAAAUCUGUUAAAAUACAAGAAAAAUUAAAAACUGUUUCUUCACAGUUGAUGAAUGAUAUUUGUGCUGACCAUCCUAACGCUUUCUGGAGUCGAAAACGGCAUAUUGUUUCACUUCCCUAUGAGGAUAACUUCUCUGAAGAAAGAAUUCCAACUAAAUCUCGACCUUGUCAGAUGAAUGCGGAAUUGGUUGAAUUCUGCAAAAGGGAGAUUGAUAAUCUCCUACAAAAGGGUCUCAUUAAACCCUCAAAAUCUCCUUGGUCUUGUACUGCUUUCUAUGUUAAUAAUGCUGCCGAAAAAGAAAGAGGAUAUUGGCAAAUUCAGAUUGAUAAAGCUCACACUUACAAAACCGCAUUUAAUGUUCCAUUUGGACAAUAUGAAUGGAACGUUAUGCCUUUUGGUUUGAAAAACGCCCCUUCUGAAUUUCAGAAAAUCAUGAAUGAUAUUUUUAAUCCUUACAUGGACUUUAUUGUUGUAUACAUUGAUGAUAUUCUA